AUGGCGAUCCUGCAGGCGGGCGGACGCUUCAGUAUGGCUGUGCUGCAUCUGUUUGAAGACGAGCUGAAUGCGGUGCUGCAAACACAGAACAUAUCAGUGGCCGGGUUACGCGGAGAUUGGCGUGGUCUUAAUCCCCGGGUAUCCGUCGAAAGCGUUGUUUUUCCGGCUGGUCAGAUUGCUCGCAUGGAACUUGAGCUUGAUGUUCUGGAGAGCAUUUUUCGUAGUGCCUGGGUGCCACAUACGCUGGUUGUUGCGGGCGCUGAGGUGCAUCUCGAGCAGGCUGCGCAAGGCUGGCGUUUGCGCGGUAUGGGCGCACAGCCGUUGCAACUCAGCCUGGAUGGGUUGCUCCGCCAUUCGGAUCAUCUUGCAGGGCGCUUAGACGUCUUGUUGCAUUCGCGGGCGGGAGAAAUGGCGCGCAUGCAGGCAGAUCUCAAAAUGAUCAAUCGCAACCGAACUCACUUUGCGCAGUUGGGUUUGUGGAACGCAGCGACUGCCGGUCAGCGUCUGCAACUGGCUUUCUGGCAGACUGAGACGGUCCUGUCGCGAGGCAGCAUGACCGCGACCAUGAGCGGCUCACUCACGCUGCCAGUUGCACUAACCGGCCUGUCAGAUGUCACUAUUGAGGUGACGGAAGGCGUGUGGUCCGAGCAGCUAGGCAAAGGCGAUGGUGCCCUGGCGCUGGCGUUUGAGGGUUUGUCCAUGUCCGCUGAAGGGCAGAGCCUUGCCGGCAGCAUUCAACUGGCAGCAGGUCGAGAUGCUCAACGGGUUAGAUUCAGCAGUUCUCCGCUGUCUCUGCGGGCGGGUGCGGAUGAACUGCUGCUGAGGCCUGUUUUCGGUCAGAGUACAUUGCCCGGGAAGGACGAUACUGCCUUUGCAGUGGCCACAGAACUCCUGAAGCCUAAAGACAAUCAACCACUUUUCCAGGUUUGGAUUGAUCAGUUGGAUUUAGGUGAAAUCAGCAGUUUUGUUGUCUCCCACUUUGCUGGCUUCGAACGCUUGGUUACCUGGAUUGACGGCCUCGCAGUGCAAGGCGAAGCUAACAAUAUACAUCUGUUUUAUACCGCUGACGUCGGUCUGGGUUAUGGCGCUUCGUUGAAUAAACUUGCUGUGCAGGGUUUCAAAGGUGUGCCGACACUGCGAAAUGCUCAAGCGAGAUUGUGGGGAUACAGCAAUGGUCAUGCGAUUCAGGUCAGUGGUGACGAUGUGUACCUGCAAUUUCCUGACCUUUACGCUUCGGGUUGGAAUCUGGCGUCUGCCCAGGGCAUCGUCAAAAUCUGGUUGGGUCAAGGCUACCUGGGUGUGCAAGGCACGCAUAUAAAAACCCGCCUGGGGGACACGGUUGCAGCAGGGAGUUUUGCGAUAACCCGGCCACAGACGGUAUCGGAACAGCGGCUGAGUUUGCAGAUAUCGGCUGAUCAGACCUCAGUCAGACUGGCUAGAACGUUUGUGCCAGGUAACAUUCCACCAGCGUUAGAUGACUGGCUGCAGACGGGAUUGCAGGCCGGGCAGUUGUCUGAGGCUCAGUAUGCUUAUCACGGGCAGUUGCGUGUUGAGCCCGGUGAGCUUGCGCGCCGUAAUGAGCUUACCGCGAAUUUCAGUGGUUUGCGUGUUCAGUAUGAACCCAGCUGGCCUGUUGUUUACGACGCAAUCGGUAGUGUUUAUGUCGCCGGCACCAAUGUACAUAUCAAUCUGCAACAGGGCGCCAGCGAAAGUCUGCGGAUACGUGCGGCUGCAGUAACAUUGCACGAUAAUGCAACCUACGUUUCCGGCACAGUGGAUGCAACCGGUGACGCAACAAAUAUGCUGGAGUUUGUACGUAGCAGUCCUUUGCAGACAAAUCUGGCGUUUGUUACACCUGCCUGGCAGGGCAGUGGCCGUGUUGAUUUAACGGCGACCCUGGUGGUGCCCAUCAGAAUUGAGCAGGCUCCGCCGCUGGCUGUGGAUCUUAAGUUUGAAUUGGGACAGGUUGACCUGGCUAUGCCUGAGUAUCGGCUGGUGCUGCGUGAGCUGCAGGGGCAAGGCGAAUUUUCUCUGCCACACAACCUAACGGGAGAUUUCCGCGGCUCCUUAUUCAGGCAGCCUGCCAGCUUUGCCGUUCGACAUACGCCGCAAUGGCUGUCCUUUGAUGUCUCUGGCAAGGCAACCCCUGUUGAUGUUUACAACAUCCUUGCAGCUGAUGUGACGCUGCCUCUGGAAGGUGAUUUCUCUUUUUCAAGCACACUGAAUCUGCCGAUGGAUGGCGGUGUCACACAGCUUCUGGUGACGAGCGAUCUGCAGGGUUUAGGCGUUGGUUUGCCCGCUGAAUUUGGCAAGUUAGCACAGGACAUUGCACCCAUUGAUAUCGAUGUGCAGUUCCUGGCGGAAUACCAGAGUGUCAGUUUGCGAUACAAAACCGUGGAUGGCUGGUUCCACUAUGGUGAUGCCAUUGAACGAGGCGCAAUUGGUAUUAAUGCUGACCCGCCAAUGACAGCGGUGGAUCAACGCGCCAUAGCGAUUUCAGGGGUUAUGCCUCGUUUGAUGUUGAGUGACUGGGUGUCUACCGAAGGAGACUCCGCCGUGGUGCUGCCACUGGAUUGGUCUAUCUCAAAGCUUACGGUGCAGGAAUUUUUCAUCGAUGAAAUGAUGUUUGCUGAUGUCUUACUGGAUGGGCAGCAGCAGGGCAAUGAAGUUUCUUUUGCCUUUAAUGCGCCCGCGGUGCGCGGCAAACUGAAUCUGCCCGCUGGGGAUGUUUUGAAUCUGGAUUUGGAGUUCCUGCAGAUUCCGCAGGCGAAUAUACAAACGGCUGAACACAUCGGUGCACCUCAGGUUGAUCCGAUAAGUGUCGCUGUUGGUGAAGUUUUGCCAGAGGCCAAGAUUAACAUUGCUCAAUUGAUGCUCGGUGACGAGCCGUUUGGGCGCUGGCAAUUUGAAAUCCAGCCUCAGGCUGGGGAGCGCGUUGAAUUUCUCAAUCUGGACGCCUCGGUCAACGGGGUUCACAUUGAAAAUGGUGCGCUCAGUUGGGAUCUGCAAACGGAUCGAUCAGUUUUCACCGGUAAGCUGAAACUCGAUGAUCUGGCACAGACGUUACCUAAGUGGGACUACGCGCCCAGUCUGAGUACAACUACAGCUGCGGCCAGAGCAGAUGUUUCGUGGUCAGGCUCUCCACUGAACGUCAGCCUGCUGGGGACUGAUGGUGAGAUUGAAUUUGACGCGCGUGACGGUCGUUUUAUGGAAGUGGAAGGCGGUUCUGGUGGAUUACGGAUUCUGAGCCUGCUGAAUUUUACGCAGUUGGCGAAACGUAUCAGUCUGGAUUUUUCAGAUGUCGUGGGCGAGGGCAUGAGCUUCGAUCGAAUAGAUGCCACCGUCGGCCUGCAGGGGGGCGAACUGACAUUUCCCAAGCGCUUAACGGUUGAGAGUUCCUCGGGUGAUUUUCAACUUGGAGGCCGUGUUGACUUAGCCAGCGGGCAACUGAACAAUGAGUUGAUCGUGACUUUGCCAGUCAGCAAAAGCAUCCCCUGGUACGGUCUUUACCUGGGGCUGGCAAACCCAAUUGUUGGCGCCACGGUGGUACUCGGCGAGCGCAUGUUACGUAAGCCCAUUGAACAAUUCAGCACUGCGAAGUUUGAAGUCACGGGUACCCUUGAUGAUCCCGAAGUGAAAUUCGUCAGCCUGUGGGAUCGUUCAAUGAAACAGCCACAGAGCAAAGAACAGGCUUCACAAAAUAUCCUCGGCCACAGCGAUAUCAGCCAACAGGAUAUCGAACGGACGCUGGAAGAUAUGAUGGGUAACCGCAUCGAUUAUGCAGAAGUUUAUCUGCAGAGCGUGCGAUCUGAAUCCUGGGGUCUUGAAGACGGCAUUGUCAAAGAUGGCAGCUUCAGUGUUGAUGCGGGCAUUGGCGUGCGCGCGUUGAGUGGCGAGAAAACAGGUUUUGCCUAUGCGGAAGACAUCCUGCGUGAUGGCCUUAAUAGCGCGGCGAGCGCUGCAAAAUCUAUUGCUGACAAAGGCACCCCACGUGCCGCCCCUGCUUUUCAAUCGCCAACGGCCAGCGCGCUGUACCCUGGUGCAGAUCCUAUCAGCCUGUUAGAUGAAGUUGCAAAAGUGCAACUGUUACAACGGAUCGAUCGAGCGGCGCGUGCGGCGGAUCCGCGCAUCAAAGAGGUUAAUGUGCGGAUUUCAGCCAACCAUGACGUGAUGCUGGUGAUGGCGAGCGACGGUACCCUGGGUGCUGAUUUACGCCCUCUUGUCAGGCUUGAUGUCUCCGUGAUCGCCGAGGCAGGGGGGCGACGCGAAAGGGGUAAUGCUGGUGGCGGUGGACGCCGUGGACUGGAUGAGCUGCAGCAGGGUAGCUGGGCGGAAGAUCUGGCUGCUGAGGCAGUGCGGAUGGCAAUGGUUAAUCUUGAUGCGCGAGAUGCCCCCGCGGGACCGAUGCAGGUGGUGCUUGGACCGGGUUGGCCCGGUGUUUUACUGCAUGAAGCUGUGGGCCACGGUCUGGAAGGUGAUUUCAAUCGUAAAGGCAGUUCGACUUUCGCUAACCGCGUGGGUCAACAGGUAGCAUCCACGUUAUGCACAGUGGUUGAUGAUGGCACCAUGGCGGGCCGGCGCGGCUCGCUGACGGUGGAUGACGAAGGCACCCCGACGCAAUCUACUGUAUUGAUAGAGAACGGUAUUUUGCGCGGGUAUAUGCAGGACAAAUUGAAUGCCCGGUUAAUGAACGUAGCUUCUACCGGCAACGGUCGGCGUCAGUCUUAUGCCCACCUGCCGAUGCCACGUAUGACCAAUACCUUUAUGCAACCCGGAGACCAUGAUCCUGCUGAAAUCAUUGCCUCUGUAGACAAGGGCGUCUAUGCAGUGAAUUUUGGUGGUGGGUCAGUUGAUAUCACGUCCGGGCGUUUUGUGUUUUCUGCAACCGAAGCUUACUUGAUCGAAAACGGCAAGGUAACGGCUCCGAUUCGUGGUGCGACGUUGAUUGGCAAUGGGCCCGAUGUGAUGAACAAAGUAUCUAUGGUGGGUAACGAUUUAAAACUCGAUACCGGUGUAGGCGUGUGCGGUAAAGAUGGCCAGUCGGUGCCGGUAGGCGUUGGCCAGCCGACGUUGAAAGUUGAUGAGAUCGUGGUGGGCGGCAGCCUUCUGUUCGGGUUCAUUACGCGCGCUGUGUACUUUCUUGACCAGCUGGCGCAGUUGUUCUGCAAGCAAGACUUCGCGCCACUGCUCAAGUUGGUUGAACUGAUAUUGCGCUUCGGCAGAUUUCCCGUCCAGAUCUGCAAGAUGGGCUUCGAUGGCGCUAGUGUCUACUUUGCGCAUCAGUUUGCCGACAAAUUGGAGCUGACGUUUUUUUGCGCCAUGACUGGUAAACCGCUGGUACUCCUCAAUCGCAUGCGCCAGUUGUGGGGGCAGAUUGAGCGAGGCAAACUGUUCGGCAUUGAGCUGGCCAAGGCGGCGGCCCAGUUCCAACAGACGUUGCGCUUCCCGCUUGCGGGCGGUUUUGGAAGGCAGUUCCUCUGUGGAUUCCGAGGGGUUGUCGUUUUGAUUUAUUUCGUCAGACACGGCGAUGGCGCUGAUCAGGCAGAAGUCUCAGUAAGUGUCGAUUCCGGGUUGUCCGUCAGCGUGCGCAAAGGCGAACUGGAGAAUGUGGAAUUCAACCAGGACCGGGGUUUCGGAAUUACCCUCUAUUACGGUCAACGCAAGGGUUCAGCCAGUACAACGGACAGCAGCGAACGCGCAAUAGCGGACACUGUUGCCGCAGCUAAAAACAUCGCUUCUCAUACUGAAGACGACCCCUGUAACGGUCUGGCCGAUGCAGACCUGUCGCCGACAACAUUGCCGGAUCUGGACCUGUUCCAUCCCUGGGAGGUACAACCGCAGCAGGCUGCAGAGCUGGCAAAAGCGUGUGAGGCGGCUGGCCUUGCAGUAGAUGCCCGCUUGUCGAAUUCUGACGGCGCGCAGGUGAAUACCCAGCAGUCGCUGCGCCUUUAUGGCAACAGCCAUGGCUUUAUCGGUGCGUAUGCCGGCACCCGCCACGGCUUGAGUUGUGUUGUGAUCGGUGAAGAUGAGAAUGGGAUGCAGCGGGAUUACUGGUAUACGGUGGCGCGAAACGCGACCGAGCUUGAUUCUGCUGAAACGGUAGGUCGUCUGGCGGGUGAGCGUACCGUGGCGCGCUUGUCUCCACAAAAUGCGCCCACCGGCAGCUACCCGGUGAUGUUUGCACCCAAUAUGGCAGGUGGCCUGUUCGGGCAUUUAAUUGGCGCGAUCAGCGGUGGUGCUUUGUAUCGACGGGCAUCUUUCCUGCUCGACUCAAUGGGCCAGCAGGUAUUGCCUGACUGGUUGUCGCUUACCGAACGGCCGCAUUUACUCAACAGUCUUGGUAGUGCAAAUUUUGAUGGGGAUGGAGUGGCUACCCGCAGUAAAAGCUUUGUUGCUGACGGCUGCGUAUCGAGCUACGUCUUAUCCUGUUACUCGGCACGCAAACUGAAACUGGCACCUACCGGCAACGCCGGAGGCGUGUAUAACCUGGAUGUGGAUGGUCCGCAGACACCGCUGGCUGAUCUGCUCAAGCAGAUGGGUACAGGGCUGUUGGUCACGGAGCUUAUGGGUCAGGGUAUCAAUGGUGUGACGGGCGAUUAUUCACGCGGCGCCGCUGGCUUCUGGGUGGAAAACGGCGAGAUUACCUACCCGGUUGCCGAGGUGACCAUUGCCGGCAACUUAAAAGAUAUCUAUCGCGCCAUCGUCGGCAUUGGCGACGAUGUUGAUUAUCGUGGCAAUGUGCGCGCUCCCAGCGUCCUGAUUGAAUCGAUGACGAUAGCUGGCUCAGCCUGA